AUGACUUCUAUUGAAGAGCUUACUGCCCAGUGGCUUUCGCUUGAUAAAAAUGAGAAAACCAAAGCUGAAAUACAAUCACUCCUCGAGGCAGGGAAUACCGAAGAGUUGGAAAGAAGGCUCCGCAAUCGAAUUGAGUUUGGCACAGCUGGGCUUAGAGCAAGAAUGGAAGCCGGCUUCUCGCGUAUGAACGACCUCACAGUUAUUCAAGCAUCACAAGGCCUUGCAGAUUAUAUUAAAGAACAGUCUAGCAGCCCUUCAGUUGUGAUUGGCCAUGACCAUCGCAACAAUAGCUCCCAAUUCGCUCGUUUAGCUUCUACCGCGAUGAUAAACAAGGGAGUUAAGGUCUAUUUGUAUGAUGGAUUGGUGCAUACGCCGCUCGUUCCCUUUGCCGUCAACAGGUUAAAUGCGACUGCGGGUAUCAUGAUCACUGCCUCCCACAACCCCGCAAAGGAUAAUGGGUACAAGGUAUAUUGGUCAAAUGGUUGCCAGAUCAUCCCACCGCACGACAAAAACAUAGCGCAACACAUCGAUAAGAACAUACUCCCUCUAAGUUGGGACCUAUAUGAAACAUCUAGCAGUGAUGUGGAUAGGACAGAGCUUUUGAAUAGGGCUAAGAGUUCCUACUUCGAAUCGUUAAGGGGCAUAGCACAUGUCAGCCAAAAUGAUAUGGGUAGGAAACCCUUGAGAUUUGUUUAUACACCUAUGCAUGGUGUCGGACUAGCAGCCAUGGAACGCGCAAUUGCAGAUAUGGGAUUGACUGAAAAUAUGUUUAUAGUUCAAGAACAACUGUACCUGUACUCAAGUUUCUCUAUGAAGGCUCAACCUGAUCCCGAGUUUCCUACGGUCCGCUUCCCAAAUCCAGAAGAAAAGGGGGCUUUAGAUCUAGCGGUUGCCACAGCAGAGAGGAAUAAUAUCAAUCUCGUUUUGGCUAGUGAUCCAGACGCUGAUCGCUUCGCUGCCGCCGAGAAACUUCCUUCCGGGGAAUGGAAAGUAUUUACAGGGAACCAACUUGGUGUACUCUUCGCCGCACACACCUUAGAUGUCUACCGGAAAGCUGCGGUUGGCAUUGACAAGCCGAUAUCAAAACUCGCCAUGCUGGCAUCUACAGUUUCCACCCAGAUGCUACAUGCUAUGGCCGCUGUGGAGGGUUUUCAUUUCGAAGAAACACUUACUGGGUUUAAAUGGCUUGGAAAUCAAGCUCUAUUACUCAAAGAAAAAGGAUAUGCUGCGUUGUAUGCUUUUGAAGAGGCAAUAGGAUACAUGUUUGCCCGCGUGGUGUAUGACAAGGACGGUAUUGCCGCAGCAACCGUUUUCAUCACGAUGGCGCAGAAAUGGGCUAACGAGGGCCUCACUGUGCAUGCGAAACUCGAGCAACUGUAUAAAAAGUAUGGGUACUUUGAAAGUGCAAACUCUUACUUUAUCUCCCCUGAUCCAAACUUGACAACAAAUGUGUUUGCGGGAAUACGGGGUUUAGGCAACCCGUAUCCUACAAUGCUAGGAAACCGCAGGAUAACUUGGUGGAGAGAUUUAACAGAGGGCUUUGAUUCCGCCACUGUCGAUAAGAAACCAUUGUUGCCGGUAGAUUCAAGCUCGCAGAUGAUCACCUGUGAGCUGGAAGGUGGUGUGAGGUUUACUGUAAGAGGGUCCGGGACAGAGCCUAAGAUUAAAAGUGAGAUCAAUGUUCAAUAA